ACCAAAUUAACUUCAUUUGUUUUAACAUACCUCUUGGCUAACAUUCGGAAGCGAGCGCAGGCGAGUCGGUUGUUUCAUACUAGUUCGUCAUAAAGGUGUCUAGUAUCAUACUUUGAGGAAGUAAUUUUGCUCUCGCCAAUGUCUGCAGCUGUUCGUAGAUUGAAGAAGGAAUAUGAAACCCUCAUCAAUUCAAGCAUCAAGAAUGUGAUUAGAAAUGUGAAAUAUGAAGAGCCCAAUUUCUUAACGUGGACAGGAUUUAUAGUACCGGAUGAACCUCCAUACAACAAGGGAGCUUUUAAGAUUGAAAUCACAUUUCCAGUUGAAUAUCCAUUCAAACCUCCGAAAGUGAUUUUUAAAACUCGCAUAUAUCAUCCGAAUAUUGAUGAAAAGGGUCAAAUCUGUUUGCCAAUAAUCAAUCCGGAGAACUGGAAACCUGCCACCAAAGUGGAACAUGUGAUUCAGGCGCUGGUUGCAAUGGUUCAUGCUCCUGAAGUGGAACAUGCUCUUCGUUCAGAUUUAGCUGAGGAAUAUGCUAAGGAUCUUAAAAAGUUUUUAAAAAAUGCUGAAGAGUUCACUAAAAAAUAUGCAGAGAAAAUUCCGAAUGUGUAAAUUUUGUACUAAUUUUAAUGAAUUUUUGAUUAUUUCUUACUUCAUCUCUUAUUCCUUUUUCUCCCGUUUACAAAUGAAAUUUUCCACACGGCACGUGUACCUUGGCUUUCAUAUUUGGGACUCAUAUUAUCAUGUUUCGGUUUUUUGAAAGCAGUGUAUGUAAAUGACCAGAUAUUUAAAGACUUGAUAUCAUGUCAUCACUUCCUCUCUUGUGUGAAUGACAUUGUACAGAUAAAAUUGUCGUUACUUUCAACAUGUAAUUGAUGAAUUCCUGUACUUUGAUAUAUGUGCAUUUCAAAAGAACUCAAAAUAUAGUCGGAAAAAAACGAUUUGAAAGUCAGUAACAAUAGUGUUAUUGUCAUUACUUUUUGUGCACUAUUUUGAAAUAUCAUUCGCUCUCAAGUUAUUGCCUUCUGGUGUUUUGACUCUAUGAUGUUACUUUGAGAUGCUAAAUAAAUAUGCAUGUAUAAGUGUUU